UUCGAAUGGAGUUACUCAGAAUAAACCGCAAGAUGUUGAAGUUCAUUUUGUUGCUGCUGCAAAUUCUGGGCCUGACAACGGCCCUGAGUCCGAUAUGCAGAAGCGAAUUGCCGCCGCUCAAGGUCUGCGCCUAUUAUGGAUGUUUUUUGAACAUAUCGCAAGACGAUCUGGAGAUUCUAAACUGUUCGCGCGAGCAGCGAGGCUUGGGACUUCUGGUCUUCUAUUCGGAGGGAAAAUGCCCCGCACUUGUGGUGCCCAAGUGCAAAACAUUUGACUACUAAAUGAAGUUUAUAAAAAAAUGGGUUUCAAUUUAUUCAAGUUCAAGUA